UAUAUAUACUACUGUUUAUCACUAAUACAUAUAAUUUGCAAUUUUUUAUGCAAGAAAAUGAGAUAAACCAAGUAAAUACGUAAAUGAGAUUUGCUUAGUAACGACAUGGAUACAAAAUGGCGGAACCUCGAAAUUUGAAAAAAUAAAAUAUUUCAAUUUUAGCCUGCUAUUUAGUGAACAGGAUGAGUAACUUUUCGGGAAGUGGGCAUUCCAGCCCCCACAGAUUCAAUGAGCCACCAAUGUUCUUACAACGGCCGUCCUCAGGACGAUCUCAGGAUGUUUCUCAUGUGCUAGCUAAAACAUUUAGAGAAUGGUUUACAAGGGACACAGUUAGUGAAGACACUGUGAAUAAUUUAAACAUAUCUAAAGCUGGUGAUGAUCCAUAUCAUGACAGAUAUGUGCAAGCAUUGAGAAAGGUACAAGAGGAAAGAGAUAGGCGUAUUGCUAAAGUGGCCAUGCUUGAGAGACACAUUAUGCAGGCUCAGGCUCGUGCCAUGUCAGCUGAUGAACGAGAGAUGAACAGGGUAGCAUCAGCUCAUACCCGAUAUCCAGAUCUUGGUCUCCCUCCAACAAGAUCACAUUUUAGGUCCUGCCUUGACACACAGCUGCUGCGUGAACACCAUCUUCUGUGUCCUAGCGACUAUUCUACAGAGGAACCCCCUCUUGUCCCUCCUCCUACAGCUGGUGAAGUGCCAAACUAUGCCCGCCCUACUACAACAUCAGAAAAACGCAGUGAAGUUCCCGAUACUGCACAAUCUCAUUUUCCUGCCAUUGGAGGUGAUCUUGAAGAACAUCAUUUUUCAAGUAGAUCAAGUUACAGUGGAUCAGAAUAUAGCAGUGUUCCUGAUGCAAUCCCCCCUGGCACAAGUGAUAAGUCAAAUAUGUGGAGAGACCAGCCCAGUCCUGAACAACGGGAAGUUAACCGAAAGGACAUUUUGAACCUACAUAGUCGUUCAAAUUUUUCAAAAAAUCCUCGGAUUUCUGCAAGCUCAAAAUCAUUAACAAAAGGAAAGAAGAAAAAGCCAAAAGAAUUUGGAAUUAAGUCUAUACCAGAACAACCAACUGAAGAAACAAUGCCAUUUAUAGCAUCUCCAUCUGUAGUUAGGUUUAUGAACUAUACUGUCGGGCAGGCCUAUGAGGCAACUAUUGAAUUAAAAAAUAUUACAUCAUCAAUGCGACAAUGCCGUGUUAUCCCUCCAAAGACGUCAUACUAUUCAAUAAGUUUGGGCCAGUUCCCUGGAGAGCAUGGUCUUGUUGCUCCUGGUAUGAGUUGCCAGUACAAGAUCAGUUUUAUAGCUGAUUCCCUGGGUGAUUACGAGGAUGUUAUUACAGUUCAGACUCAGGGGGCGCCACCUCUUGAUAUCCCUAUACAGUCAAGGAGACCCCCGCCAGAGCUAACAUUACCCGAAGUAAUUGACACUGGUCACUGUCUAGUGGGAGGGGUAAGAGUUGCCCAAUUUAAGGUCAAAAACACAGGAGGUCCUGGGAGAUUCUGUCUGAUGCCCAGGAAAGUGUGGCCAGCUAUUAAUUUCAAAACAAUAGUAAGUCCAGGUGCUGCUGCGAUUGGCCCAUUUGAGGUGCGUCCCGCUGUAUUCCAGCUGAACCAUGGUGAUUGUAUGGUACUAGAGGUGAUAUUCAGACCAGGGGCUAUAGAUACCUACUCUGAACAGUUGGCUAUGGUUUGUGAUAACUGCCAAGUGCAAUACUUCACCCUGCAAGGUGAAGGUCAGGUGGCUUCAGUGGAGUUCAUGUCAGUAGAGGGCGGGGAGACGCAGCCAUUGCCCGAGGAUGUCUGUGAUGUCACAGCCUCUCAUCAUGUCACUUUCAACCCACUAAACCCAUUCACAUAUUUCCAGAAAGCAAUCUCAAUUAAAAACGCAACGAAUGUUGAGCUCCCAUUCAAUUGGCGAAUUGUGAAGCCUCACCUUCAGGCCCCUCCUAUAGAUGGCAGUGCACCAGUUGCAGCACCAGAAAACAGAAUCAUUGACCUUGAUUCUGCAUUUAGUAUAGAGCCACCUAGUGGCAGUCUGGCAGCAAAUGGAUCAGCUCAGUUUACGCUGACGUUUGCUCCUCCAGAACUAGGGAAAUUUCACGAUGUCCUACAUCUUGUCUUGGACCAAAUACCAAACUAUGUCCCUGGAGUGGAGCAGCAAGAACUGCCAGUGGAAGAUGUUACAGCAUUAGAAGUCGAACUGAAGGGAGAAGCUGAACCAUUUAACAUACUUGUACAACCAUACGCCAUCUAUAUCCCAGGAAAACAACCUGUUGGAUCAUCUGUGAAACGGCCUUUUAAGUUAAUAAACAACAGUCACAGUGGAGUGUUCUUCGAAUGGGAAAAAGUGACGAGCCCAUUUAUUGUUGAGGUGGAGCCUCCUAUGGGAGAACUAGGCCCAGGGCAAGAUUGGGAUUGUGUAGUGAGUGUGACUGGGGCACAGCCAGGAAAGAUUGAACACACACUACAGUGCCGUAUUGAAAACCAUUCUGAGCCAAUCACAAUGCAUAUAGAGGCUGAAAUAAAGGGACCUGAGAUCAAGAUCAACAACCCUGAUGUUAACUUUGGGCUUGUGAGGUUUGGAGAAAGCUCUACUCAAGAGAUCACUUUGUGCAAUAUGAGUCAGAUAGCAGCUGCUUGGAGAAUUGAAGAGAGUACUGCUUUCCCACAACAUGAGAGAAUGGAGUUUACAUUCCAACCGAGUAGUGGAGAGUUGAAACCUUUAACCAAUGAGGUAGUAAAGAUCACCUACAACCCUACACAAUGUACAACCCUCCAUACAGCAUUUGAUGUUUAUGUUAAGGAGGGCAACCAAUGCACAAUAGCAGGUAGGGGAGAGGUAAAGAGACCAGAGGCAUGCCUUCUUCAAUGUGGAUUAGAGCUAGAAGAUGUCUAUGUGGAUGUCCCUGUUAUUUACACUGUAGACAUAGUCAACCAAACGCAACUGGAUGCUGACUUUCAGUGGAUGCCAGUAUCUGGCAGUCAGUCUGAAGACUGUAGUGUGAUGAUAGAGCCAGAGAAAGGUGUGCUUGGACCAAGGGAACAAAGACAAAUUACUGUGCACUUUACAGCACAUAAACAGGUGAUGGUAGAAGAUGUCCAAGUUGUAUGCUGUAUUAAGGGAAUGGUCAAGCCACUGGUGCUUACUAUAAAGGGACAGGUGUUGGGAAUGAAUGUUAUAUACAAGACUCCAACUGAAGGACAGGAUCUUAAUACCUCAAGUGACAAACUGAUAGUUGAGUUUGGUGAUGAUGCUAAGCUUGGUGUGCCUGAGAAACGUUAUGUAUACAUUGAGAACACUUCUGCUAUCUCUGCACCAUUUAGUAUAUACAUGGAACACUUCUAUGCAAGACCUCCCACACCACCCAAGGUGGAUUCUCAUAUGCCAAAUAAAAGCAGCCAAAGAAGAGCUAUGCUUGGACGUACUCCCAACCUAGCUGAUCCCAUGAGUAGAACAACAGCCAAGGCACAAACAGAACUCUGCGCAAUGAUGCUGUCUGAGGGACGUGGAGCCGCAUUUGCAAUACAACCAGCAUCAGGGGUGCUGCCACCUUUUGGUACUCAAAUGAUUGAAGUUAUGGCUUACAGUGAUAUGUGGGGUGAUUAUAAAGAUAAAAUGAUCUGCAAGAUUGAGAAGUUGGACUUAAAAAGCAUAGAUGUUCACAUGAAUGUUGUCGGAUGUCCAUUGAACUUCCAAGUGUCGACCAAGGCACAGCCCAUUGUCAGAUUUGGAACUCAUGUAUCAGGGGUUGCUCCUGUGGUGCGACAGAUGCGCAUCAAUAACUCUAGUCCUUAUGAUGUACGUUUAGACUGGGAGGUUUACAAUGUUGAGCCUGAGGAUGAUCAGCUGUUGGAUUUCAAUGUAACAUAUGGUGUUGCAUUUCCCCUUCGCGACAAAGAUGGAGUUGAAAUUGAACCAGUCAUUGAAGGUCCACCACCACCAGAAAGACUUCCAACUGAGUUUAUUCCAAACUCUCCUGACUCCACAAUGAUGGGGAGUCGCCUGGCAACAGAGGCAGGGUCUGUUUUUAGCAGUCAGCGAAGCAUCAUGACUCCGCCUCAGAAGCAAGUUGUGUUUACAAACCUGAGAGCCCAUGAGGGAAUAAUGAGCACAACCCCCUACAAGAUUGUACCUUCACAAUUAGUGAUCCCAGCCCGUGGUUGUAGUUCUGUUAAUGUUGUCUACACACCAUAUGCAAGCGGGGAACUGGUUCAGGAUGGCAAAGAUUGUAUUGGAUUUGCCCAAGGCUUCAUGAGCUUGGACGGCAAAGCUGACACACCAAAUAAGGUCGUACGAAAGGAUGCAUAUGAUAUGACUCCAUUGAGGAUUGAUAUGACUGCCUUUGUAAAGCCAGCUUUGCUUACAAUAGAGUGUGCUGAAGAUGAGGGAAUGCGCUACAGAUCUGCCGCAAGUGACCUGCUACAAGAGGGCACCUUGAGAGAGGAUAGCUUGCGUGUAUGUGGGGCAACAAUAGGCAACCUAACAGAGACUCCCCUAGUGUUCCAGUUGACAACAGAGAAGCCAUUUGUCAUGGUGGAUACUGACCCAUUAAAACCAAACUCUGCAUUGGCACGUACUCAUAGCACUGAGAUGAUCACACUAAAACCUCAGCAUAAUAUGCAGAUGAAGAUUGCAUUCCAAGUUGACAGCAGUCUUCUGGAACAACUAAAAGAUUUAGAGAUAGAAGAUCCACCUAAAGAUGAAGAGCAGAAAGAGAAUGGUGUCACAUUGCAGAUGUGUGGCAAAGAGAGGAGAUUGAAUUAUGUAUCUGAUCUCAUUAUCAAGUUCAACAACUCAUCCAUACAGCGUCUACCCCUACAUGCUACCCUGACAGUGCCUUCGUUACAUCUCUCUACUGACAGCCUGGACUUUGGUACCUGCCUAGUUGGACAGGAAAGGCAGAUGCAGGUUGUAAUCAACAAUCCAACAAGGUCCAGCAGCUUCUGGAUGUCUGUACAAGAAGAGAAGUCAGAUACUUGUGUGGAAAAUACAUUCACGAUGACACCAUCCAGUGGCCUACUCGACGCACAUAUCACCCAUGCCUCUAAAAGCAAUGUGCUUGUCAAAGUGCACUUCAUUGCAAAGCACACAGAGAUGUAUGAAGCCACAUUCUUACUGCAUGGGCUUCUGGGAGAGGAACCUAGGCGUCUGCUUGUUAGAGGUCAAGGUUCAUACGAUGGAAAACAUGAAGCUUUUGUCAAUCAAUAAUUCAACCAAAGGAACAUUUUGAAUGAUGAACUGAAUGCAUGUACAUUUUUAAAUGUUAUAUUCCGUCCAAUAUACAUGUAUUUUGAACCCUAGAAGGACUGUGAUAAGAAAAAUAUUAAAGAUGAUUAUAAAAAAUAUCUAGCCUGUUAUUUCAAAGUAUUAUUUAUUGUUUAGUAUUGAUAUAUUAAUAUAUGUAGCAUAAUUGCAAAUAUGUAUAAAAGAAAAUAUUUUUUAUUUAAAAUAAAAAAUCUUAAAAAGUAUAAAAAAAUUUAUAUGUCUGUUUUGUGUCAAUCUUAAAGGGUGCGGAGUUCAAGCUAUGGUGUACAGUGUAUGUAAGAGGGGGAUUCAUAGAUGAACAAAUUUCUGUUAACAUGAACCUCUAUAUAGAUUCAUAUUACAAAUUCUAGGAUAUUCCCCCUCUCAGUGUAUAUUAUGAAAAACAAAAAUACUUUUUGUGAACUGUUUGGCAGUUGGCAUGAUGGCAUCUAUCUAUAACAAAUGGCAGGUUUUGACAUUUUGCAAAUGCCUCAUUGAUAUUUUGUCAUGGCCCCUAAAACUAAUGUAAAA